CAGCCAUUUUUUCACUGCCCUCUUCUGCAAUUUUAUUUGGUAAAUUUCGAUUUAACUGUUUUUAUUUAUUUUGGUUUUAUUUUCUUCAUAUGCAGACAUCAUUAACUUCCAUCAUUCUUCGCCACUCUUCUUCCGCCGCUCUCACCUCCUUACUCCGCCGCACGAAGAUAUAUCACGGCGGAUGCGGAUUCGGAGUUGGAAUCCGCCGCAACUUUUAUUUCCUCUCAGGGAGACGAGAGAAUCCUCCAGAUCCGAGAAAGAAUGUAAUCAGAGCCUUCCUUGCGCCGGUUCUCUCGUUGGACGACAAACCUAGCCUUGCGUCUAAUGAUGCCAUCGGCACCGUCCUCACCGGUCAAGCGAACUAUAUGCGCGUCAUUGUCCAGGACGUAGCUGACGACGGAGAUGAACGAUCGUAUAAGAUCGGAUUUGAGCUGCUUUGCGUGGUGAGAGCGUUGCUGAAAAAGGUACGGAGGAGCGUUCUGGUUGGGGAUAAGGUACUCGUCGGAUCAAUCGAUUGGGUUGAGCAGAGUGGAGUGAUCGAGAAUGUGUUCGAGCGACGCACGGAGAAUCUGGAUCCACCGGUGGCGAAUGUCGAUCACUUGCUUGUUCUUUUCUCUCUGGAUCGACCGAAACUUGAGCCAAACACACUCACGAGGUUCUUGGUUGACGCUGAAUCCUCUGGGAUUCCACUCACACUUGCCCUGAACAAAUGCGAACUCAUCACUGAAGGGGAAUUGGAAUCUUGGAGGAUAAGACUGCGUGGAUGGAACUACGAACCAUUGUUCUGCAGUGUGGAAGAUAAAGUAGGACUUGAUGAGAUUGCAUUGAUCCUGCGAAAUCAGACCUCUGUGAUUAUUGGGCCGAGUGGUGUUGGAAAGUCGAGCUUAAUCAACUAUUUGAGAAGUAGAUUUGGUGGUGACUUUGAUGAGAAAACAGGGUUUAAGCCGAGAUUAAGCCGAAGCAAUAAAAACAAAUGGUAUGAAGAUCAGGACGUAGGGUAUGUUUCUAGAGGAAAUGGUAAGCCGAAGCAAUAAAAACAAAUUCGAGAUACAUUUGUACUUUGAUCUACACAUAUACUAAAGUAAACAGAGAUAUGGUCAAAACUCAGCAGCAACGUCACUGAACAGAUACUAAACUGGAACCUGUGAAGGGUUUCAUAGGCAUAAUCUUCAUCUUCAGGAAUUUACUCAGAGAAGUCUUAAACUGUGGAGCCUUUGUUGGAAAAAACUUGAAUUUGAGAGCCUUCUUCUUCUUCUUCUCUGAAACAACAACAUCCCUUGUUGAUUUCUUAGAAGAAGCUCUUGUGAUUCUCAUCUUCAUCCUCAACAAGAACGAGUUUACUCUCUCUUCACGACGCAAGAAGCGAUGAAACACCAACUCAAACGCGCUUCCUCUCUCCUCAGGUUUCCUAGAGAAACAAGUCUCGAUGAAGCUCCGUGCAUCGCAAGGCAAACUCUCCGGAAUCUCAGGAGCUUUGCCAUCAAGAAGACGAGUCUUGAGAUCAUCGAGUCCAACGCCUUUCCAUGGAACCACUCCUGUGUACAUCUCCAGGACAAGGCAUCCCAC